GAAGAGGUCCGGUGGUGGGGAGGGAGCAUGCGCGUUGGGGACAAGGCAGAAACGAGCGUGGCUUUGCUGAGCCGAGUGCGGCAUGCAGGCAGCUCUGGAAAUAACCUUGCGGUAUUGCCACAAAGAAGCCGAGCAAUAUGGCCGGUGUGUGGCUGCUAACCCUUCUUCCUGGCAGCAGGACUGUCACCAACUCAAACUUGACAUGGCCAAAUGUACAUCAUCCCACCCAAUUGUUCAGAAGAUUCGCCAAGAUUGUGCUGAGCCGUUUACUGCAUUCGAGGAGUGCCUUAAGGCAAAUCAGAGUUCUUCAAUCAAAUGUUCUGAAAACCUCCAAAAGUUUCUCCUCUGCGCUGACCAGGUGAAACUGAAUACAUAAGCCUUUUGAUUUCUUCAGCAGAAACCUGGCUAUUCCUUGAAGUGGCAUUAUGACUAAAAAAUUCGACCAGCAAUGGCACCAGCUUCUCACCUGUCAUGAAGAUAUCUUUCCCAGCCUUCAGCAUUAUUCAUUUAUCUGCAGCCAUCCAAGAUAUCUCAGUUUGGCCCAUUGAAAUGGAAUCUCAAUUUACAAACCCAGGUAUCUGGGGUAGAUAUUUUAUUAUGCCUGGAACUUUUCCAGGCACUAUAGUAAACUGGCAAAGACCCUGAAAUAAACUUUUCUGACCUAAUUUCGCAGACAGAAUUGCAACGUUCCAUGGCUCAAAGCAGAGUGAUCCAGGCAGAUUAAUGAGCAGAAGAAAAAAGGAAUUUAAUUUGCCAUGGAACUUCUCUGAAAGUAUUUUAAUCUUCUCUCGUGGACUGUGAGACUUACCUCAGGGUAUCCUAUUUAUGCCCAGCUAAUGGGCAGCACCUAGCCAACUUUGACCUGAAAAAAAUCUAAAACAUGGUCAGACUUAUUAUUCAGAGUAUAAGAUGCACCAGAGUAUAAGACAGCUUAGUUUUUGGGGAGGAAAAUUGGGAGGCAAAAAUCUGCCUUCCAGGUAUUCAACUGCUUGGGGAUAAAAAAACAGUGUCUAAAGCACGGCUGAGAGUCAGAGGGAGCAGGCAAAGUUCAGAUCACUAGCGCCUUGUUAGGGCUGAAAAAAAGCUUUGAAAAAACUACAUUCGGCGUAUAAGACUCACCCAAAUUUUCAGCCUCUGGGGUGGGGGGAAGGUGCAUCUUAUACUCUGAAAAAUACGGUAAUUUCUUAGAUGGAGAGUCACCAUAUAGUACCAGAGUUGUAUACAGAUUGGGAAGCCAAAAAGAAGUCUGCAAAUAAGAUAAAGAAACAUGCUUUUUGUAUUAUUACCAAGAAAAAUGCAUGUUCAUGCCACUUAGUCACUACAAACUUGAUUCAGAGGAGACAUGAAUACAGUACUUUUAUUCUAUUUGUAGUCAGUAGAGGGCACUCUGUAAACAUCAGAAUGUUCUUGAUUCUUUGUUUUAUGACAUGUUGUAAAAAGCUGACAAGAAAAAUGACAUCAAAUGCAACAUUACAUUAAUUAAUCAACCAUUGUCAGUCUUAACUAUUGAAUGCUUCUGACUGGAUUUAUAUUCAUAACUUUGAAUACUGUUGGAGUGAUGUUUGUAGUAGUACAUGUGUCAAUGUAUUAUAUCACUUAGCCAGUGGGAUACGAGUUUUGGGAAAAAUUACACAGUAUUCUGAAUUGUCAUGAUAGGGUAGGGGAAAUGAUUUGUAAGGAGGCAUGAAUAAAUGUGCAAGAAUGAAAAAAUCAAA